CAACUACACAGAACAAAUUUUUGCAUCCAACACAAACACAUAAAUAGUGAAUUGUGUGCAAUUUAAAAUAAUGAACUUUUAUUAUCUACAGAAUGUGCUAAUGCUACAGACUUGUAUAUGGGAGGUGCAGUGUUCAAAUCUCAGCCAGGACACCAGCUAUCCCGAAUGAGUGUUUUAAUGUUUUUCUCACUUCAUCCAAGGAAAUUCCAGGAUAAUAUCUCAACUAAGCAGAAGACAAAUCAAAAUUAUAACCAAGCAGAAUAAUAAAAAAUCAAGAUAAGAUACAAAACACUUCUCAGUGUCAAGGACACAAAUAAAACUGGUAGAAAAUAUUAACAUCAGCGGUCUGGAGUGUUCAAUCUUAAGUGCGUCACUUGUUUACUCAGAUAACAAACAGAUAAGAAUUACAAAAAUCAUGCUUCUCCUUGAAUCUCAUUGAAGCACAUUCAGAGUGAGGAACUCAUCUUGCUACUAGACUAAAAGUUCGUGAGAGCUACAAACCUUUGGAAUUAAGCAUGCUCAUGCCUGAGCUCAGCAAGCAGGACCUGGAAGCCCUCUUACGUCCCAGACUUGGCAGAGAAUUGGUGGUGGAAUCAUUUUCUUCAGAAGCUCUAACACAACCAGGGGAAAAUUAUGGGAGCACCAUGCUGGCGAUUGAAGUUAAAAUUCGUAAAGGGAAAGAUAAUACACCAAGCGACAAUUUAUCUUUGGUAGCCAAGUUAGUACCCCCAUGUGAAUUUCUAUGGAAAUUAUUUGAUCCACCGAAUACAUUUUGCAAAGAAAUAACUUGUUACACAUCAGUGCAAGUGGAAUAUGAGAAAUUACAAAAUGAAAAAUGUAUCCCCAGGGACAAAUUUGUCGAUUUAUUUCCAAAAUGUUAUGGUGUUAGGACAACACUGUCAGAAGAAAUUGGAGAUAAGGCUGAUGAAAAUGCAGCAAUCCUUCUAGAGAACUUGAAAACAGCAAAUUAUCGUUUAGGAGAUCAGAGAGUGGGGCUUGAUUUGAAACAUGUACAGUUAGUUGUGUCUCAGCUUGCACGUUUCCAUGCGCUUUCUGUGGCGCUCAAGAUACUGAAGCCUCAAGUGUUUAAAAAUACAGUUCUGAAAGCUUGUAAACCUCAUAACAGAACUUUUGAUGAGGCAGAGAUGCAGGCAAAUACUUUGAAACUAAUGAAAGUUAUCAAAGCCAUUCCUGGAUGCGAAGAUUAUCAUGAUAGAAUACAGAAAUCUUCAGAAAUGGCAAAUCUAAUGAAGGUAGACAGUUCAGUACUACCGCCAAGAGAGCCAUAUGCAACUUUCAGUCACACUGAUCUCUGGGUUAAUAACAUGAUGUUCUGCUAUGACUCCAAGGAUGAAAACAAUCCUAUAGCUGUGAAAUUUCUAGAUUUUCAGGGAAUUGUAUAUGACUCACCAGUUAAGGACCUUUUAUUUUUUCUAUAUACCAGUGCAGCUGAGGGCGUGCAAGCUAAGCACUAUGAUGAACUCAUACAUUUGUAUCAUGAAAAUUUCACUGACUGCUUGAAGGAUAUGGGUUGUGAUAUCAGUUCCUUUACCUUCCAGUCAUUGUUAGAAGAAAUUGACAUGUUUGCACCUUCAGAGGUAGAGCACAUUCUGUUUAGGUUGAUAGCAAUCUGUGCUGACAGAAGUGAGGUACCUGACAUAUCAGCAGUUGAUCUUGAAUUUCUUUACUGCGAACCAAAUGAUAUAUACAAACGGAAAGCAAAAGAAUAUAUUAUUGAUUGUGUGCAAAGAGGAUGGCUGUAGAAUACAUUUAUACAAGUGCUACAAAGAAUACAAUACAGUAAGAUAUAAAGCAUACAAGAAUACACCAUCUAUACCACAACACCCUGUAUUUUAAAAUGAAGACACUACUAUAUCAACAUUUGCUUUUAUUAAAGCUUUUAUGGGUGUGACAUGUUUCAACCCUUAUAUUGGGCCAUUAUCAGGCAUACAAUGUUCAGCUUUAAGCUGCUGAACUGCAUCCAAUUAUCAUUCAGUUCACUAAAUAAGGAUCCUUAUUGUGUUAUGGACUUCAUUCAAAUACAUAUUAUUUUAUUAUU